AUGGAUGCUAAUUACGUUGAAAUGUUUCCUGAAUUCAGUAUUGAAUCGAUACGUAUACUUUGUGCAAUUGCAAAUUUUAUGGGCUCCUUCAAUUAUUAUUCAGAUCAUGUUCAUUUUGUUGCAGUUUUUGUAGGAACGUUUCUCGGAGUUAUACAUUUAACGAUUCUUACUAGAAAAUGUAUGAGAUCACUGAGCAUCAAUGUGUUUCUAAUUGGAAUUGCCGCUGCUGAAAUUAUCCGGGAAAUUUGUAUUAUUAUAAUUUUCGUUCCAUUCUUUGAUUUACGUUAUUUGAGCGACGAAGUUUCAGAUUGUUCCAAUCCCAACUCGACUGUGGCGGUGUUUUCAUAUAAUGUCUCGGCAUCCUUCACGAGACUCACAGAAAAAAUAUCAGUUUGGUACGCUGUUGCUAUAGCUGUUAUUCGAACUCUUAUGAGAUACCCAGUGAAUGUUAGAAUCAACUGUUUGACUCAAUCCACAUAUGGCCUAAGAAUCGUUUUAUUAAUCACCCUAUCAAUUAUUCCAUUUGGAGCGCUUAGCUAUUUCAAGUUAAGCUCCACAUCAGAUAGAGGAUGGACUCCAUUCACAAAUUGUGUAACUUUUUCGGAAAAUUCGACAAAAAUGAAAUUCGAUUCUCACUCCACUGAAUUGUUCGGAAGCACAGACGUCUACAAAAUUGCUCUUCUUAUUGAAGGAAUUUUCUUAGAAUUCACGCCAUCAAUUAUUCUACCGAUUACCACUAUAAGUUUGAUCAUGGAUUUGAGAAAAGCACGGAAAAACUCACUGGCCACUUUGCAUUAUUUGGUGUAA